UCCAACCACCAUCAUCUCACGCACACGUACUAUCGCCGUUUCUCGCUAACCGACUGCGCUAUGUCCUCGUCACCUACAAAGCGCGUAUCUCGUGCUGCCGCUGCCUCUCGUGCUUUCACCAAGAGAGAGCCGCUACGUGAUAUCGCGCAGCGCGCUGAUUUGCGCUCGGACCAGAACUCUCCCACGAAGAAGAGGCGUACUGCUCGGGCCCCGCCUGCCCAAUUGGCUGAAAGAAUAAAAGCCAGACAUGCUGCCGCUGCUCCUUCUUCGUUGCCACCCUCGUCUCCUCCCGACUACUCCUCUUCUCAGGAAAACCAGAAGCCUCGGCGACCCCGUGACGAGACGCCUGACGUUGACGUCAAGGCCGAGCUACGCAAGGACUUCGCAUCCGGAGGCCCAGACGAGGAGGAAGGAAUGCAGGACAAUGAUCCUCAGGCCAGGAACUCGGAUCCGUUCGGGUUCUUUGAGGUAGAGCAGCAGCUCAAGGCCGAGCGCGCGGCAGGGCGUGCGAACAAGCCUCGUGCCCAGGUUCCGCAACGUGUUCCGGUCAGGCCUACGCCUGUCCGUCGCUCGCCCCCUCCGAGGCCACACAGGCGACACGUACUUCCCGCGGAUUCUUCGUUCGAAGUCGACGAGAGCUUGGAGGUGCCGGCCAUAUUCAGCUCACCGUCGCCAUUGAAGCGCGGUAAACGGCCAGUCGCUGCUGAUUACGAAUCAGACGACGACGCCGAGGCUGCUGCUGCCCUCUUGACGGAGGGUCUCGACGUCGUCGAGGGCGAGCACCUUAAAGCACCGUUACAUCGCAAGUCGAAUGCAGCGGCAGACGAGGAAGAGGAGGAGGAGGAGGAGGAAGAACACGAAGAGGAAAUGCAGGAGGAAGAUGCGGAGGGGGAGGAGGACGAAGAGGCGCCAGCUCCACCCGCGAGAGCGACCCGAGCUCGCGCGCCUCGUACUCAAUCCGCGCCAGCGACGAAGGCCACGCGUCGCAGCACUCGCAAGCGUGCCAAGGAAGAGGUAUCCGAUGGGGAGGACGAAGACGAGCCCCCGAAGAAACGGGCAACUCGGCGCGCGACCACGCAGAAGACCCUGAAGAGCAAGAAGCCCACUCCGCGUACUCGUUCUGCUCGCGCGACGAAGGCCGAGAAAGAAGAGAGCGACGGGGAGGACUUUGGCUUCAAUAGUACGAAGAAGAAACUCGAAGCUGAGCGUAAGGCCCGCGUCGCUUACUGGAAGGAGAUGGCCGACUAUUCCAUGGAGAAGGAAGAUGUAUACGUCGUAUGAUGGACAUGCUUCUAUGCGGUACUCAGGUGAAGCCCGCUCUGGGUAUAGGCGUGUAGCGCUGCUCACCGACUGGGACAGGCUAAUGAUACAAGUUGUGUUGCUACAUAUAAAUCCAUGAGACAUGCCGGAUCUGUGGGAGGCGCUC